CUGUGUCGCGCGGGUUCGCGUCCCGUGCCGAAUUACUGCGUUCCGUUCCGCUCAGCUUCGGCAGUGUGCGCGUGUGUGUGUUCAGUGCGGCGGUGCUGAAGCAAAAUGGGUCUUCUUCAGAGCGAUGCAGUGAUCCGUUUACAGACGAUACUGUUGUGUAUUGAGGUUUCAUUGAUGAGAAGAUAGACAUCGGAACCAGUGAACUUCACUGAAUAUUUUCUCACAAGUACGGAGUGUGGGAGCCCGGGACUUUCAUCUGGAGAGAACGACUUUUGCUGUUUCCCACAUCACAGUUUCUCCUCUGCGUCCUUGAAGAUCUCUUUUCAAGAACAGCUGGACGGAAUAUCGACCCUCCUGAAGAAGUUCAGUUUUCGCUUUCCUUUCGUAAUUUUCGAAAGCGCUGGCUUAGCCGUGACCUGCACCCGAAGAAAAUUUUGCAAAAUUUCUUGUGCAUUCGAGCUAACUGCAAUUACUGCAGUUGAAAGUGUUCAAUUCAACCACAGUCUGCGGAGCUGUUGAAAAGAUUUCCCAAAACAGAGGAGACUUUUUCUGUGUGUAUUUGGAUAUACAGUGUAAUGUUGGCACUGUAGCAACCUGUGUUAUUUUGACGAUCUGUUUUCUAGCCCAUGUACGCUGCACGUCGGCGUUGGCAACAAACAAAAGUGACGUUAAUAUCCCCUCUCCAGAGUUAUUACCAGUGCCCUCUUUCGAAGCUCACAGAUAUUACUAUAGCAGAGAUGUUACCGAAGUAAUAUGUACGAGAUCAUCUUUGUUAUUAGAAAUGUCAGGGAAGUCUACCUUCAUUGCAGUGGUGUUUUAUGGUACAACUAUGGGCAUGGUGCCUUUCCAUUUCUAAGUGAAAUAAGGGGGAAUUUUGCUGUCCAGCGAUAUUAAUGCAACGUAAUGUCUCUGAGCUGUCCAGAGAUAUUAGUAUUGUGUCAGUCUUCAGCCAGCUGAGAUUUGAGUUUACUUGUAGUGUGGAGAUACUGUGCUCAGAAAAGAUGCGUCAUCUGAACUGUGUUGCAGUGUAGCUGUCCAGCGAUAUUAAUGCAACGUAGUGUCUCUAUGCUGUCCAGAGAUAUUAGUGCUGUGUCAGUCUUCAGCCAACUGAAAUUUGAGUUUAUUUGUAGCGUGGAGAUGCUGUGCUCAGAAAAGAUGAGUCAUGUCAACUGUGUUGCAGAGAACACAAGCAAUGGUUAGUUACUAGCACGAGCAGAGGUAUUAUUGAAGAAUGCUUCAUCCACAGAUAUUAGCUGUGUUCUCUUCUACUGCUAUCUACAAGACCUAGUAGUAUGUAUGAGAGAUGUUAAGGUCCUGAGCUAUUUACAAGGUCCUGUUAUACUGAUUACACAGAGAUAGAGUGCACCAGAAAUAUUAUUGAUAACUGUGUGAUCCAGAGAUAGUAGCUAUGUGCGCUUCAGCAGCACACAGACACUGAUAGAUUAGCACCAGAGAUGUUACUGCUACAGUUUGUAGAAACACCGUUUUUGUUAUGAGAGAUGCCAGCAAAGAUUAUCUUCAUUGAAGGGAUGUUUUGCCGUAGAGCUAUUGCUGAAGUGAUUUUCUAUUUCCUGUCGAAGUAAGAUAAAUUUUGUAGCCAGAGAUAUUAGUGGCACGUGGUAACACUGGACGAGAGAGUGAAGUUUCUGUUUACUUGUUAGGGGAACUUGUGUUUGCGAGUUGGGGAGGUGCGUCGCAGCUGACGUGAGUGGUUCCAGCGGUGCGUGAGCAGAGGUAUUACCGAGGCGUGUGUCACCAGGGAGUGUAGCGUGGUGUGGCGUGCUGUCAGCGAGCAAAGAUAAAAGUGACGAGCGGCAGGGUGUAGUAAGGCGGCGGUUGUUUUUCCCCGUGCCGUGUCGCCUUGAGGUGAGAGGGACAGACGUCGCUGCAAUGCGACGGAGGUCCGCCAGCGCCGCGACGCUCGUCAUCGUGGUGGGGGCGGACGUGGACUCCAGGCUCCUGCUGCGGGGGCGGCGCCGCUCCAGCGCGCGCUCCAGGGACAAGUUCCGGGCGCCAGCCGAGGAGAAGGGUCAGUCGGGCUUCGAGGAACUCCGACGCUACAUCAAACAGGGUGGCGAUUUCUGCAAGGAGUUGAGCUCCAUUCUCCAGGAGAGAUGCGAGGCGGAGACGGCGUACGCCAAGGCGCUGGGCAAGCUGUCCGGGAAGCUAGCCAGGGCGUCCAGGGACGCGGUGGGGACCGUGGGCACGGCGUGGCAGGCGGCCGGCCUGCAGAUGCAGCAGCAGGCGGAGGCGCACAGGGCGCUGGCGGCGUCUCUGGGUGAGGAGGUGGUGAAGCCGCUGCGGCAGCUGAGCGAGGCGCAGCACCGCAUCCGCAAGUCUGUGGAGGCCGCCGUGGACAAGGCGGGCAGGGGGCUGUCCGACUGGAGGCACGCGCAGGCCAAGAGCAAGAAGGCGAGCUUCGCGGCUGCCCGCGAGAACGAGAGGCUCCAGGACAGCCACCUGGAGUCUGGACCGACGCAGCACCAGCCGCUGCACGCCCGACUCGGCCACCAGCUGUCCGACAAGGAGACUGCCAAGCUGCAGCAGAAGCGCCGCAAGGCCGAGGAGUGCGUGAAGCGCGCCGACGUGGAGUACUGGGGGUGCUGCGUGCGCGCCGAGCGGUCGCGCCUGGAGUGGGAGGCGGCGGUGAGCAGGGGCGGCCGCUGCCUGCGUGCGCUGGACCAGGACCGGCUGGAGGCCGCCGCCGGGCUCGCCUCCAGGCACCUCGCCCUGCUGGACCAGCUGGCGCCCCGGCUGCUCCAGAGCGUAGCGCGGCUUCGCGAGCCGGUGGAGGCGAUGGACGUGCAGCGCGACUUGCGGACGACGGCGGCACUACAGGGCGCGGGGAACCCCCUGCCGGAGCAGCUGCUGCCAGACUUCUACGCCGAGCACGUCACCCUCGCCAUGAACCGGGACCGCCGCAAGCAGGCACUGGUAAAGCUGCUGCAGCUGAUCCGGCAAGACCUAGAGCGCGAGCGGCGCGGCAAGCAGGGCGUCGAGCAACUGGCCAGGGCACUCAAGGCCUCCGCCUCUGACUCGGGGACUGGGGCCGGGGGCGGCGGAUCACCGGGGGCGGCGGACUCCGGGGGCGAGAGUGUCGCCGAUAAGCUGCACCACGCACGUUCCAUGCUGGCGUACCUGGAGGCUGCACGCUUCAAAGUCCAGAGCGCACUUCUGGAGCUGGAAGGCCGGCCGAGAGCGGCGCACCCGCUGGCUCCGCACAUCUCUGUCUCCCGGGACCGCGCCGGAAUGCAGCACAGUGUGCUCAAGGUGCCAACAUGGGUACGAGACGAGUCUGUGGAGCUGCUGGCAGGCAGUGGCAGCGACUGGCCGGGUAGUGUCGCCGUCAGCGUCGUCAACGGCUGCGACGACCGUGGCGCCGGAGACGGAAACUCUGUGAGGCCCGCGGACAGCGACUUUGACGAGUUCUCAAGUCAGGGCAGUGACGAAAGAGACUACGAAUGCGGCCUGGAGUCGGAAGACCCGGGCAUCACCAACGGUGUCAGCAACGGGGGCAUCGGAGGUGGCGGUGGCGGGGGUGCGGGGAAGUGCCGCGCCCUGUACGACUACGCCGCCAAACUCUACGACGAACUCAACCUGGCUCCGGGUGACGUGAUACGCAUCCACAGCAAGCAAGCAGACGGCUGGUGGCUGGGGGAGCUCAACGGAGUCGUCGGCAUCUUCCCUGCCACCUAUGUCGAGGAGAUCGAGUAGCGGCACGUGUCGACCUUCCUUCUGCCUAGUCGGCAUCCACAGCAGGUCACACUCAGUCGCCUCUGUCACCUGCCGCAUGUGUCGGAAUGACUGAAGUCUGUGACACACAAACAGUAAUAGGUGACAUUGUGCCCCAUUUGACAACACUGUGGCUGUUUUUGGUGCCCUGUUUGACACAACUGUAGAGUAAGAGGCUUUUGCCCCAUUUGGCAACCACUGGAACUGAAGUGCCUUUUGUCCCAUUUGACAUCCACUGUAAAUAAAAUGCCGUCUGCCCUGUUUGACACAAUUGUGAGGUAUUACUUCUGUGCCUUGUUUAGUGCUAAACUUACACCAAGGAGUUGACACUGUGUGCACCAAGACAUCCUGCUACACAACACAUGUCACCAGCACUUGAGUCCACAUUAUGUACUACCUCCAGUGUAUAUUGUCUUCCACUCUGCAUUUCUUUACAUUCUCUGCCUCGUAUCACAUCAUGAACUGCUAAGAGCUGCAUUUAGCCUCUUAAAGGGAGUGACUUAUGUACUGUGUGACUGCAUAUUUGGAUCUGAGUUUCAAUACGUAAGCAGAAAAAGUUACAGUGCUCUGGAUGAAGUAUUAGAAAUAAACACUGAAUGGAAACAGUGUUUUAAGGAGGACAAUGGAAUGAAACUUGCGGGGAGCAACAGAGUUUGCACGAUUCAAAGUCUGUGUACUUCUACAAGAGCAAUUCAUUUCUCUUGUUAUGUAACAAAACUUACUCAUGUACCACAUGAUGCAGUGGUAACUCUAAAUUUAAGGAUUUGAAACAAGUUCACAAUGUGAACCUUGGAAGAUUUUGGCACCUGACAUUUAUUCGCAAUGUCAGAAACAAUAAUGGAAUAUUGUUGACUGUUGACAUCUGUUAUUAAAAUAUGCAUUUUUGUGGGGUCAAUAAAACUGCCAUAUUUCAUGUUUUGCUUCUUGUUUUCAGCUUCAGAAGCUGUAGUUCUUAAUGGAAGAUCGAUGUGUUUGUUGUGCUCAUGAAUAAUGCAAUUUCUCUGUUGUAAACUAGGAUCUGGAAUGCUUUGAAUGAAUUAAACAUAACACAAAUUUCAGAGCAUUAUUUUGCUUUCAUUCUUCUCUUAAGUCUUUUGAUCAGUUUAAUGCAAUGUCCUAUGUCCCCAAAUACUAACAAACUUUCUUCACCUCUCCAUCUUCAAUAAUAUAUCACAUAUUCCAGUCUUUGGAAUCUUUUACAAUUUUCCCCCUGUAAUUCCCCAUUGUUUCUGCACAAUUAUUCUUUCUGCUGCUGUAUGUAUCACACCCAAACUUUUCACUUCAUCCAUGCAUCCAGUUCUGACUUUCUGAAAAGGUUCAAAAACCCAUUCUUUUUACUUCUUUUGCAUAGGCCUCUUUCCUUUCCUGUUUGGCAUAAUUUUUGUUUCAUAUUUCACUUGUUAACUUUGCAGCACUUGUUUUGAUAUUGCAUUUUCUACAAUUUGGUAUCGGGAAGUGAUGUUCUGUGGGUAAACUCUUCUAACAGUAUAUGUCUCAGUUGACAUUUUUAAAGCCUUUCAUUACUCACUAAGUUCACAGUUGGGCCUGACACGAAUUUCAGUAUAUGUUAAGAAGAGGUCCAAGUAAUGCAAUGUAGAAAAUUCAGAGUGAAAAUAAAUCAUGAACAAACUCGAUUGAAAACUGAGUUACUAAUGCAUGAACUGUCAAUCUAAGUACUUGAAUGAAAUAUGGAUACCCAUGCAUUUAAUGUCAUGCUUUCUACUUAGAUUCAAAAAGACCUCUAGAAAAAUUGCUUACUUGCAAUGCCUGUAUGACAUAAUAAUGUGAACCAGACCAAAUACAGCAUCCAAAAAUACAAAUUUCAUAAUUUAAAAUGGCAUCAAAAUACCUUUAAAUAAUGUUAAUUUACAAACAGGAAUUCAAUGAGGCAAAAGUUAAUACUGAAAUGACUGUAUCUAUAAGGCAUUGCUGUUCAUUGGGAAACAUGACAUGCUUGCUGUGGAAAUACUAUAGUCAGUGUGUGAUGGGUUCAUUUACAUCCAUGUAAAUGUUGAGACACCAUCGCAGCUGAAACGCCUAAUUUGCUGAACAUUUAAUUCGCCGUAAGACUGUAAUGGCACAAUUUGUGAGCCAGUAUGGUCUUAAAUCUCUGCCAUACCACUUAUAUACAAUUGUUGUACUCAAAUUAUCUUGGUCAAACAGGCUUAUUAAAAACAUUGUUUUGGGUAUCUGAGAAUGAAAUGGAACGUUGGCUGAGUCUCAUGUAUUUCAUUUAUGCUAUUUCUCAAAACACUCUGAUCUGCUAACACCAAACUUAAUACUGUGUAAACACAACACAGUUAUGUGUGUGUAUCUAUUGACCACGUUGGUUGUUAGAGAAGAAAUUGUUUUGACAUUGUGUACAUUAUGCUUAUUGUUUCUGAAUUGUUUCAGCAUUUUUAUGUAUAUCAGGCCCAUGGUGUAUGAAUUGUUUGACUAGGACAUAUGUGAUACACAGAAUAAAUUACUAACUGUAUAUCUGCAAUUGCUGUAAUGUUAAAUACAUGUUUGAAAUUGUUGCUAAGUUGGAAUACAAUUGCUAGAUAGAAGUGUGCAGUUUAUUUUGUGCACCCCUCGACAGCAUGUCCAGAACGGACAGACUUGUGUCUGCUGAAGAAAGUAAGAAAGGGCACUGAAAUUUUGGUCACUGAAUCUAAGUAAUCACUUAGGAGAUGAUUCAAUGAUUCAAGAAAGGACAUUGCCAUCCACAGAAUGUCUUCCAUUUGUGUGUAUUUACCACUGAAAUGUCAAAUUACAAGUAAAAAGAAAAUAAAGCUAAUUUGCAUGGAUUGUAAAGUAUUGACUUUGUUCAGAUAUUUUAAGAUGGUGUCACCUACAGUAAACAUGUUGCCAGGAGAAAAAAAAGUUUAUUUUCAAGAAUAAAUAAAACGUGUGUGUGUGUGUGUGUGUGUGAGUGAGUGAAUGAACGAGAGAAAGGAGAAAGGAGAUAAUUAUCAAACUGUUCAAUAAUUGUAAUUUAAUGCAUUGUAACAUUAACUGAGUAAAACCAAAGCUAAUUUGUAUAUAAAAGUGGGGAAAAUGAGGCUGUUUCAAGAAUCAUUGAUUAAAUGUCAUAUUUUUCUGUCUGGCAUGAGUCCAAAAUUCCAUUUGUGACUCCACUGCCACAAAGUUGCAAAAACGCCAUGAACUGCUAAUUUCAUGUGUUUUCUUUUCAUGUGCUAUGUGUGGUUAGAUCAGA